CUCUCCCUCUGAUCAGUGGAGGGAGGAGACGAGCUAUCACACAGCGGCGGAUACCGCGUGCGACUCCGAGUCAUCUCUGUUUUCUCCACCUCUCCGCUCCCUGCUGGAUCCCUUCUGGGGGGAUAAUAACACGACACCAUUGAGUCAGCCUACGACCGUAGAGUUCUGGCUCCAUUUCGAGGCUGUUCUGAAUGACGGGCGGACGGUUCGACUUCGAUGAUGGAGGAACAUACUGCGGAGGGUGGGAGGACGGUAAAGCCCAUGGACAUGGCAUCUGUACCGGGCCAAAAGGCCAGGGCGAGUACUCCGGCUCCUGGUCGCACGGCUUUGAGAUAGUGGGGGUGUACACCUGGCCCAGCGGGAAUAUGUACCAUGGCUACUGGUCCCAGGGGAAGCGGCAUGGACUGGGAGUAGAAACCAAAGGGAAGUGGAUUUACCGCGGUGAGUGGAGUCACGGCUUCAAGGGUCGCUAUGGACUCCGACAGAGCCACAAUACACCUGCGAGGUACGACGGGACGUGGAGUAACGGGCUACAGGACGGGUAUGGGAUUGAGACCUACGGCGACGGUGGUUCAUAUCAGGGCCAGUGGAUGGGUGGGAUGCGGCAUGGAUAUGGCGUGCGCCAGAGUGUUCCGUACGGCAUGGCCACUGUGAUCCAGUCCCCACUACGUACCUCCUUGGCAUCCCUGCGCUCCGAGCAGAGUAACGGCUCCGUGCUCCAGGAUCUCUCCGGUGACACGCCCGCCGGCGGCCGCGGCGGGUUCGUCCUCAACUUCCACUCGGACGGCGAAGUGGUCACCGGGAAGAAGAAGAAGGGUCUGUUCCGCCACGGGUCGCUGUUCGGGAGCCUCCGUCGGCUACACAAGUCUGAAUCGAAGUCGUCCAUCUCCAGCAAGAGGAGUUCGGCACGCAGCGACGCCGCUAUGAGCCACAUCAGCUCCUCCGACGCGGACGCCAACUCCACUGUCUCCCUGGGCGACGGAGAGCUGCCGGAAGAGGACUUGGUAUUGGAGGAUCACGUGGACGCCACCACCACCGAGACGUACAUGGGGGAGUGGCUGAACGACAAGCGCAACGGGUUCGGCGUCAGCGAACGUUCCAACGGGAUGAAGUACGAGGGGGAGUGGCUGAACAACAAGCGCCACGGCUACGGGUGCACUACCUUCCCCGAGGGGAACAAGGAAGAAGGGAAGUACAAGAAUAACGUGUUGGUUCGUGGAAUAAGGAAGCAGCUGAUCCCGCUAAAGAACCCCAAAACCAAAGAGAAGGUGGACCGGGCCGUGGAGGGGGCGCGGAGGGCAGGGGCCAUCGCCAGGACGAAAGUGGAAAUAGCAGCUUCCAGGACGGCUCAUGCCAGGACGAAGGGAGAGGCAGCAGACCAGGCAGCUCUCUCUGCCAGACAGGAUUGUGACAUCGCUAGGGCCGUCGCUAGGGAGCUGUCUCCAAACUUCCACCAACCAGGUCCUGACUAUAUCAAGCAGGCGUUCAUGGAGGCAGUAGAUCCUGCUGAAGAGAAGGACAACCCCACCAGCACCGCACAGACCCCCGGGCCCACCCCUCCCCCAUCGCCCCACAGCAAGAAGAGACCGCACAGCAACAGCGUCUCCGCCUCCCGUAAGGCCAGCAAGGACGAAUCAUCACACAGUCGUAAGGCCAGCAAGGACGAAUCAUCACACAGUCGCAAUGCCAGCAAGGACGAAUCAUCACACAGUCGUAAGGCCAGCAAGGACGAAUCAUCACACAGUCGCAAGGCCAGCAAGGACGAAUCAUCACACAGUCGCAAGGCCAGCAAAGAGGAGAGGCCGGGCCUUAAGAUUAGCAAGGAGGAGCGGUCGAGCAGAAAGUUGAGUAAAGAGGAGAGGGUCUCCAUCGCUGCCGAGCCUUCAAGAGCUGCUGCUCCCUCUUCCCAGAUUAGAUACGAGGAGACUCCAGCCAAACCCCCCAAGGCCCCGGAGCCUGGCCACACCAACACACCACCUCCCCAGGCUGCUGCUCCCUCUUCCCAUGUAAUACACCAGGCUCCAGCCAAACCCCCCAAGGCCCCGGAGCCCGGCCCCACCAACGCACCACCUCCGCAGGCAGUGGGGGGUCCUGUUAAUGGAGUGGGACAACUCCACUCCCAGUACCAUAGCUACUACGUCAAAGCCCCCUCCAGGGGACCCCUGCCCCCGGAACCUGAGCCUGAGGGGGACGAGGAGCCCAGUCAGCUGACCCUGGCACGGAUGGCCCCGCCAACCCCCAAGCCGACGCCCACCAGCGACCCGUGCAAACUCAGGAAACAGGAUUCGCUAAAACCAAAGAGCCUGGCAGAGACCAAGAAGGCCAGUAUGGAGAUGGCUGAGGGGAAGGAGGAAGAGAAUGCUCCUAACUCUAUCCUGGUUGCUAUGGUGAUGCUGUUGAAUAUCGGCCUAGCGAUCAUAUUUGUUCACUUCCUGACAUGAUGGUCCUGUUUCUCAGUGAUGCCAUGGCAACCGGUGCAGUUGCGUUGCCGGCCCGUCAAAAUUCUAAAUGGCGGCAGUCAGACUCGGGGUGAGUCCGCGGGAGCUUGGGAAACAGCUGUGUGACAUAUGAGAGAAACAGAAGGACCCGCAGCCUGUCCUGGGUCGUCCACAGCCCUGCCUGAUCAUAAUACUCUCCUCUGGAAGAACAAACUGAUAUGUCUGAGGGAGAUAGUAAACACACUACAACAGAACAUGUAAACACACACACACACACACACACACACCACACACACACACACACACACACACACACACACACACACACACCACACACCACACACCACACACCACACACACCACACACACACACACACACACACACACACACACACACACACACACACACACACACACACACACACACACACACACACACACACACACACACACACACACACACACACACACACACACACCACACACCACACACACACACACACACACAC